AUGUUAAAGCUAGGAAUUUGGAAGAAUAGUGCGGGGAUGAAGAGCUUGCUUAGCGUGCAUCGCUUUAGCGGAGCGACCGGGAUGAGGAUCAAAAGACGUACGGCUAACCUGUGGAAUCACCGUCUUUACAGCUCUAGGUCCAGUUUGAUGCAUUUAUCGGGUUAUAACAAGCAAGUGGUAAUGAAACUCGUGGUUAUGACUGGUGUAACGUUGGUCUUGGGAAGUAUUCUAUUCAACUACGCUGAGGGCUCGAGUUCAGAAGAAGAUGAGGAUGUGGAUGGCGAAAACAAGAGCAAGUCUGCAAAUGGAUCCCGUCAGCGUAUCAAGAUUUUCAACAACAACUGGCUAUUUUUCUGGUACUCGACUCUCCCGCUCAACGCGAUGUCCCGUCUGUGGGGCCAAGUCAACUCAUUAACAUUGCCCGUUUGGCUACGUCCUUGGAGUUUCAGGCUCUACGCUGCAGUUUUCGGUGCCAAUCUGGACGAAAUGCAGGACCCGGUGCUAGAACACUACCAAAACCUUUCGGAAUUUUUCUACCGCCAAAUCAAAGCCGGAACGCGGCCCAUCGCUCCCGGUGACGAUGUCGUUGUUUGUCCCAGUGAUGGAAGAGUCCUGCAGCUAGGCGUCAUCGAUGCCCAGACAGGCGACAUUCAACAAGUCAAAGGCAUGACAUACUCGGUACGCGAGUUUCUCGGCACCCACGCACAUCCACAAAUGAAGCGGAGCGAGUCUAAGGAAUAUCUAGACAGUCCUGACAACUCGUCCGACGACGAACACAUUGAGUUUGCGCGCAUUAAUAAUAUUCCCUACACUUUCAACGACAUGAUUGGCGAAACGCCUGGCGACAACCACCCACACUUACAAAAGAUCGAAUAUACAAGUGAAGGUGACAAAUCUUUACCGGAAGCUACGCCCUCCAGACCUAAGACGAUGAAGCUUUUAAGUCAGCUAUCAACGCACUACAUCGACAAGAUAAAGAACUCUGAUCCUAACAACACAAAAUUGUGUUUUGCAGUCAUAUACUUGGCUCCUGGAGAUUACCACCACUACCAUUCCCCAGUGAACUGGGUUUGCAAGCUGCGUCGCCACUUCCCAGGUGAACUUUUCUCUGUUGCGCCUUACUUUCAACGCAAUUUUCCCAACCUUUUUGUGUUGAACGAGCGUGUGGCUCUCUUAGGGCAUUGGAAGCAUGGAUUCUUCAGUAUGACCCCAGUGGGUGCCACCAACGUUGGCUCUAUCAAGUUGAACUUCGAUAAGGAACUGGUCACCAACAGCAGGCGUAAAGAGAAAAUCAAACCUCAUACUUGCUACGAGGCCACUUAUGAAAGCACCAGCGCCAUUUUAGGCGGUGUACCUUUGGUGAAGGGGGAAGAAAUGGGCGGAUUCAUGUUGGGAAGCACCGUUGUUUUAUGUUUCGAAGCACCCAAGGAUUUUGAGUUCAAUAUCAAAGUUGGACAACGGGUCAAAAUGGGUCAGCCACUUGGCGAAUCCAAAUAG